AUGGUUAAUUAUAAAUUAAAAAUAAAGAAUGCAUCACAACUAGUUGUUGUUUCAAAGAAUAAACCAUAUCUUGUUGGUAAAGAUAUGAGUAAUGUUGAAAUAAUUGAAAAUGGAUCAUUAAUAGUUGAUAGUAAUGGUAUUAUCAUUGAUAUUGGAACGGAACAAGAGAUUUUAGAUAGACAUAGAGAUGAUAGUUUCGACACUGUUAUCGAUUGUCAAGGUCGUGCUGUUAUUCCAGGUUUGGUAGAUGGUCAUACUCAUCCAGUGUAUGCCGGUGAUAGAGUACAUGAGUUUGCUAUGAAACUGGCGGGUGCAACCUACCUAGAGGUACAGAAAGCCGGUGGUGGUAUUGGUUUCACCGUUCAACACACACGUCAAGCUAGCGAGUCGGAUCUCUUCAACCUCUUGAAACCAAGACUCGAUCGUAUGUUGAAACAAGGUACCACUCUCAUCGAAGCAAAGAGCGGUUAUGGCUUGGAGACAGACACCGAGAUGAAGAUGCUCAAAGUACUACAUCGUGCAGCUCAAUCACAUGCCAUUGAGAUCUCUGCUACCUACUUAGGUGGUCAUGCCAUUCCAAAAGGGUCGACCGCCGAGCAGGCAACCGAAGACAUUGUCAACAAACAGCUGCCAGAGUUGAAGCGACUAAGAGAUGCCGGUGAGAUAUCGCCAGAGAACAUCGAUGUCUUUUUGGAGCGUGGAUUCUUUGAGUACGAUGAUACCAAGAGAAUAUUGGAAGCCGGUCAACAAUUGGGAUUGGCUAUCAACUUUCACGGCGAUGAACUUAGUUUUAUGAAAUCCGGUGAGUUGGCUGGCGAGCUAAAGGCACGUGCCAUCAGUCAUCUCGAGAAGGUCAGCGAAGAGGGAAUGUUGGAGAUGGCGAAAGUACCGACAUUUGCAGUGCUUCUCCCAACCACCGCCUAUGUACUACGUCUAGAGUGUCCACCAGCCAGAAGAAUGAUAGAACUCAACGUACCAGUUGCACUAGGUAGUGAUUACAAUCCAAACGCACAUUGUCUAUCGAUGCCAUUCGUAAUGAACCUUGCAUGUGUUCUCAUGAAAAUGAAUAUGAACGAAGCAUUGGUUGCUGCUACCAUAAAUUCUGCAGCAUCUAUUAAUAAAUCAAAAACACAUGGAUCAUUGGAAAUAGGAAAAUAUGCUGAUAUGGUAAUCAUUGAUUCCAAUAGAUGGGAGCAUAUCAUCUAUGAAAUGGUUGAUCCACCCAUUUCACAUGUUAUUAAAAAGGGUAGUGUUGUAUUCCAACAACAACAACAACAAUAA